UCUUCCGGCUCCCUCCUCUGUCCACAUUGCACUCCGAAACUCCCAAAAGUGCACAGCCUGUGAAGCCCACCCGUCUUCGCAGAACUAGUUAUAACUCCGCUCCGAGUCCGCAGACUUUACCAGCUGCAUCCUCCACCCUUGUUCACAUAUAGCGAAGAUGGCCAACUCCUCCGCCAAAAAACUAUUGGUCACCAACGCGGCACGGCUGAAAAGCACGCUGCAGAUCCACCUUAUCGUUGUCGCACUUUACUCGUUAUACCGGAUAGCAUUCCGCUGGAGUUCUUUCAGCAUCGCCGUCGCUAUCGGGUUUCUUCUCGUCAAUGGCAUCUUCUACUAUCUAUACGGAUCGCUAAAGUCGGCUGCUGAACCGAGCGUCGACGAGACGGGAGCUGUGAAGCACGCAGGACAGGAUUUGAACGAUGAGUCCGGCCUUGUGGUGCCGUACAUGUUUGAUGUGAUCUAUGUGGGAUGGUUCGUGCUGGUGAGCACUGCAAUCAUCUCUGAGAAAUUUUGGUGGACAUACUUGAUCAUACCUCUCUUCGCGGUUUACAAGAUUUGGCAAAAGGUCGCCCCAAUGCUGGGCCGGGGUGGAGGAUCCGGGUUUCAACCGACGCCGGCAGCAUCCGGCAAGAAGCAGAAGAAGCAAACUGUGAAAUAUGCCCGAGGAUGAGCGUGCGGACGGCCUCCCUGGGAUACGCGCGACGAAAGCCCGCGUUAGGGCUUGAAUUGGGAAAUGCUCCGUCAUUGCUGUGCGUGUCUUCCCGGGCCUGGUGGAAGGAAAGGCGAGCGGUCCAUGCGUCAAGACCCAUAUGCUGUGACCUUGCACUCUGUUCGUUCGAGGAUUCACGACGACCAAAUGCGCAGCCGUGGCGAGCACAGCUGCUCACUUUCGCUUCCGCAUUAAUGGCCUUGACAAGCAGCAAUUACUUAUCGCCACCGGCGACCUGUGCGGGAGCACCGGCAGGUGUAGCAUUCAAAUGAGCAAUCAAGUCGAGAACAACUGCAUUUUGGGCGGCAAACAACACUUAAUCAUCUGGUUCUGUGCGCAACGCGCGAGAACCAUAUCAAGUUGCAUGCACAUAUCUACAAAAUCUAUCUAUCUAAUAUAAGAACAUUGGG